UAUGGAUCCACAGUUCGACCCGGAAGACUGUACUGAAAUUUUGUGUGGUGAAGGAUGCGGGCUGCUGCUGUGUGCCGAGCGCCCAGAGGAGCACAGCUGUGUGGAGGCUCUGCGCGCUCUGGCGGACGAGCUGCAGGACCGGAGCGCGGCGCUGGAGCACGAGGGGCGGAUGGCGAGGCUCGGGUGGGAGCGCAGGGAGCAGUGGCUGGUGGCCCGGGCAAACACAGCCCAGACUGAGGCCAAACUAACGCGGACCAAGUACCAGAGGAGACUACACCAGUACGCCCUGCACGUGCACACCAUCCUGCAACAGGUUCUGGGAUUAUAUCAGGGUCACACCAGGACAACUGAUGAAUCAAAUCGGCUACAAGCAUCAUGGACAGUGAAUGGGACCGGGGCAAAUGUGAAUGGGAAGGAGCUUUCCAAGUGCGGCCAUGAUGAGGGGGUGGCGUCCUUCUGCAGUGCUCGGGAGCCUGUUGUGGUGCAGGUCAUCCGCAGGACAGCAAGCGGCCGCCCUCAUGGCUCCCCUCAGGAGAUCCAUGUGGUGGACGUGUGCACACAGACCGACAUCACCUUUGAACACAUCAUGGCUCUGGCCAAGCUCCGCCCCUCUACGCCCCCAGUGCCUGAUGUCUGCCCCUUCCUGCUCUCAGACAGCUGCCACUCUCUGCACACGAUGGACCAGGAGUACUACGAUGGGACAGCCUACCUCUCCCCGGGAGCAGCUGAUGUAGACAGACCAGAGGAGUUUGAGUACGAGGAAGUGGAGCUUUGUCGACUCACCAGCCAGGAGAAGUUGGGGCUGACGUUGUGCUACAGGACAGACGAAGAAGAAGAUGUGGCGAUCUAUGUCAGCGAGAUCAGUCCAAACAGCAUUGCAGCGAGAGACGGGCGCAUCCGAGAGGGGGACCGCAUCUUACAGAUUAAUGGGCAGGAUGUCCAGGACAGAGAGGAGGCAAUGGCGGCUCUCUCUAAUGAAGAAUGUAGGAGAAUUGUGCUGCUAGUCGCCCGACCAGAGUUGCAGCUGGAGGAGGCCUGGCUGGACGAUGAACACAGCGAGUUCCUGGAGCAGCUGAAGAUGGAGAUGCUGGAGGAGCAGCGUAGAGAGGAGAUGGAGAUGGCUGCCUUAGAGGAGGAACAGAGAGCUGAAGAUGAGCGGCCAUCUUGCUCGUCCCUGUCUCACCACACAAACCAUGUGCCGCACACGAGAGAGCGUCGGGGGAGUGCAGAGAAUGUGCUAACUCAGAUCCAGAGGCGUCUGUCCCAGUGUCUCCGGGACAGGGACACACACCGACCCCCCGGCUCCACGCGACUAGAGGACAGAGAUGAGGACGAGGACGGAGAUCGCUUCCAGCAGCUCCUGGAGCUCAAGUGUCAGAUCCGGAACAGCGGCGAGUAUGACCUGUUCUACAGCCGCCGCAGCACCAUCGAGUGCAGUGUGGCUGAGCAGGGCAGUGUGCAGCACGAGCUGCGCAUGCUCAAUGAGGAACUGCGCAGUAUCGAGAUGGAGUGCCAGAACAUCAUGCAGGCUCAUAAGCUCCGCAAAGGCCAGGAGUCACCCUCCAGCGGCCUGUCCAGCAAAAACCAAAGUCCAAAGCGAGGAAAUCAAACCAGGAGCAAGCUGACGGACAUAAACGAGCGGCUUGAGAAAUCGGACAAGGACAGCUCCAGUGCCUACAACACAGCGGAAAGCUCCCGCAGCACACCUCUGCAGAUGGAGCGAUCUCCUGAACACUCUCUACAGAGAAUCAGCCUGACCAACCAGAGAAACCUCUCCAGUGGGCUCGCCAGGAGCCAGGCCAGCCCGGUGCCCGCCCUCAGAGCCCCUGUCCUGGGGAAAGGCAGUAGUCCUGACCACAGUAACCCCUCUGAGUCUGACCACGCCCCUCAGCCUGAAGAGGACAAGCAAAGUUCAAAGGUCACAGCCUCUGUUUCUCAAAUUCCUUAUUUCUCUCCGUCCCACAGUUCCCAGCAGCGUCAGGCCACCAUCCCGGCCCACGCGCGUCAUUACCAGAGCUACAUGCAGCUGAUCCAGCAGCGCUCGGCUGUGGAGUAUGCUCAGAGCCAGCUCAGCCUGCUCAGCCUAUGUAAGGAGCCUCAGACACCUGAGCCCAAAAUGGAGUGGAAGGUGAAGAUCCGCAGUGACGGCACCCGUUACAUCACCAAGAGACCAGUGAGGGACAAGAUCCUGAGAGAGCGCGCCCUGAAGAUCAAAGAGGAGCGCAGCGGAGGUAUGACCACUGAUGAUGACGCCAUGAGCGAGAUGAAGAUGGGUCGCUACUGGAGCAAAGAGGAGAGGAAACAGCACCUGGUCCGAGCCAAGGAGCAGAAGAAGAGGCGUGAGUUUAUGCAGCGCAGUCGCCUGGAGAGUCUGAAGGAGAACCCUCAGAGCAGCAGUGAGGCCCGCAAAGAGGUCAGCAUCAUCGAGCUGAGCCAGAAGAAAAUGAUGAAGAAACGCAACAAGAAGAUCUUGGACAACUGGAUGACCAUCCAGGAACUGAUGACUCAUGGCACCAAGGCACCAGAGGGCGCUAAAGUGAACAAUGCCUUUCUCUCAGUGACUACUGUAUAACUGUACUGUACAGGAUACCCAUGUGGUACGGAAUUCUUGCCUCGUUCAAUGUGGCUUUUUAGGAGGACAGAAAUAUUUUUCACUCUUUUUAACUGAAAAAGCAUUUUAUAAAGGAUUUAUCAGUGAUCUAAUAGUUUGUUUCUGAGGAGGUUUUUCAUAUCAAUUCACAAUCACAAUUUUCUAUAAAACAAUACUGUUAUUUUUCUUACUUGUGUAUUUACAUGUUUGAGUUAAAUCAUAUUUGUUUUGUUUCAUAGCUGCAGACACUUUUCUACAUGGCCAUCUGAUGAUCACUCUUGACCUUAAUAACUGAAGAUGUUAAUGUUUCUGUUUGUUCAGCCUCAGGUCUUUUCACUUUGUCAUCAGUUCUGUUUCACAGGCCUGUGGCCUCAAUGCUGGAGAGUCAUUUCUAAUACAGUUCUAGUGUUGAAUUAU